CUUUUCAAUAUCUGUGGUGGCAGGGCAGCGAACGCCCAGCCGAACGCCCAUGGUCUGCGAUGACUGGACAUCGUGCCCCAGAGAUGCGAACACGCCCUGCACCACGAUGGAGGAGGAGAGGGCUGACAGAGACAGGGACGGGCACGCCGCACCAGGCAACUACCCGACCCGAGGGAGAGGAGGGAGGGAGAGGAGGCCCGCGUGGCCCGGCGUGGCCCCCGCACCGCUCGGGCGAGGCCGCCACAUGCGCAGCACCUGCGCAUACAGCCGCACAAGAGGCACUCGGCAAUGGGAUCGUCCGCAAGCCUGCACGGGUGGUCGCCCUCGAAGCGGUGCCUAUGCAGACGUCCUGGUUGCAGCGCCCACACCUGUAGGUGUUGUGGGCCGCCAACCUCUCCCUGCACCCCUCGGCGGGGCAUCGGGGCAACCGGGCGGCGGCGGGCGCGACCCCGACGCGCCGGUCCUCGACAGCCGUGCAGCCGUGGGCGUCGUGGCGGUGGUGCUCCUGGCAGAACUGCUGGCGGCAGGCGCCGCACGCGAACGGCAGGAAGUCUUGCCGCCCGCAGGAGGGCUCCGAACAGCGGGCGCCCGCGUCGCUGAACUGGGCCAUGAAGCUAAGAUGAGGAGGAAGAGGAGGAGGAGGAGGAGGAGGAGGAGGAGGAGGAGUGAGGGAAGGGAAAGAGAGGGGCGGGGAGGCCAAGACGGACCAAAGACCUCCCUAAACCCAACGGGGAUUCCGCCAAAGAGCAAAGUGUGCCGACUACGAGGGGUAGAACACAGAGGGAAAAGGACUGCUAUGGGUAUGGGCGCGGGUUGUCGGACCCUGGGGGGGAAGCUCCCGUUCGGACAGGGGCCCUCAUCCGACAGCACGCACCCAUAGCCCCCUCCGUCCCUCCUAUGGGUAUGGGUAUGUGUUGUUCGUUCGUCAUAGGCACCGAUGCUGCUGCCCUUGCCUCGUCUUCGCCAGUUUGAACCACCUGGGAGGCCCUCGUGGCCACGGUCGGAUACUCCUCGAGAUCCUGGUCAGGACGCACCCCUGGAGAGGUCCCUGGCGCAGAGGAAGAAAACACUGUGUAAGCGU